CGGAGCUCGCACCCAACAGCCCCUGCCCAGAGGCCAUCACACCCGCCCGCCAGCAGUCCCGCAGCGCCCCCCGCGGCCGCGGCACCCCCGGCCCUGGGCGCGGCGGCGCUUGCGCAGGCGCCGCCGGGCCGGAGAGUUUGAGACGCGCCGAGAAGUUGUGCUGAGUGUGCAGCUGGUGCCGCUCCCACCAUGUCGGGCUCCUCCAACGUGGCGGCCAUGAAGAAGGUGGUGCAACAGCUGCGCCUGGAGGCCAGCGUGACUCGUGUUAAGGUUUCCCAGGCUGCAGCAGACUUGAAGCAGUUCUGCCUGCAAAAUGCACAACAUGAUCCCCUACUGACAGGAGUAUCGUCGAGUACAAACCCAUUCAGACCCCAGAAAGUUUGUUCAUUUUUGUAAUUACCUGAACUACUUUGGUAUCUUUCAGUGAUCUUUUAGCAUCUUUUCCUAGCUGCUGAUGUGUGUAUGGGCAGAGUGCCUCAAGGAGUGGCCUGGUUUGAAGUCUGUACAAAAGCUUAGCUUUCAUGUGCCAAAUCUAACUGUAAAAUUGCUACUGUCUUCAAACUUCUUACCAUCUACCUCUCCAAGUGAACUGUAUGCUAGUAAAAUACUUCUGUUUCAUAAGGGAAUCAGUUUUAUAUGCCAAGCAAAAAUAAAAGUGUCUUGACUUAG